AUGCUUAGCAAGUUAUUUUCGCUCAUAAAAGCAAAACCUCUUUCGGAAAAAGUACAAUCCCGUGACGCAUUUAUUUACUUAGAUCGGGUUAUUUAUUAUUUUGGCUGGACAGAACCAGUUGAAAAAAGAUGGAGCUCUGCCUAUAAAAUUUGGACUAUUUUUACGACUAUUUUGGUAUUAAUUCUACUUCCGAUCUCAAUUGUUGUGGAAUAUGUUCACCGAUUCAAAAGCUUUUCGCCUGGAGAGUUUUUGGGUUCCCUGGAGAUCUGUGUGAACAUGUACGGAUGCUCCUUGAAGUGUGGGUACACCAUGAUGGGGCAUCGCAACUUCCAGCAGGCCAAGAGGCUGUUGGAUCUCCUGGACAAGAGCUGCAUCAAGGACGAGGAGAAGGCCAGGGUGCAUCGCUAUGUGGCUUUGUCAAAUCUGUGCUACGUUCUCUACAAUUUCUUAUUCUCCAGUUAUGUUGUCAUCAGUUUCACAGCAUUUUUCCUGAAGGGACGACACACCUGGAGAAUGUUCAUUCCCAUGCUCGACACGGAUAGUCAUUUCUAUGUGUCCAGUUUUGUGGAGCUAACCCUUAUGAGUUCCAUAGUCCUCAUGCAACAGUGCACCGAUGUCUGUCCUUUGGCCUAUAUGUCAAUGGCUCGUUGCCACAUAACCUUGCUCAAGGACCGGUUAAAGGCACUGCGUUUGGACCCCAAAAAGAGUGAGGAUGAACACAGCAGGGAGUUAACGGAAUGCAUUCAGGAUCAUCAAUUGAUUUUGGAUUAUGUCAAUGCACUUCGUCCGGCUUUUUCUGGAACCAUUUUCGUGCAGUUCCUUCUUAUUGGCAUUGUUUUGGGUCUAUCAACCAUUAAUGUGGUAUUCUUUUCAACGUUUUGGACGGGUCUUGGUACUCUCAUCUUUAUGUUCGAUGUCUGUUUAGAAACAUUCCCAUUUUGCUAUCUGUGCAACGUUAUCAUGGAUGAUUGCCAGGAACUUUCGGAAUGUCUAUUCCAAUCGAACUGGAUAUCAGCAAGUCCUCGUUAUAAGUCUACUUUGGUAUAUUUUCUUCACAAUCUGCAGCAACCAAUAGUACUCAUGGCUGGUGGGGUUUUUCAAAUUUGCAUGCAAACCAAUUUGUCAAUGGUUAAAUUAACAUUCUCGGUGGUCACAUUAAUAAGACAAUUCAACAUUGCUGAAAAGUUUCAGUAA